CAUGAAAAGAAAAUUGUGCAAGAGAAGUAAUGGCUUGACCAACAGAGGUGAAGUUUCACAUGUGGCCCCUGGAAGAAAGACAAGAUGGUGAGGGGCUCCAGAGUGGUUCUGAUGGUCAAUGGGGGCUGCUGGUGCUGCCUGGAGCAGCUCUGGACCUGCAGUGGCAGUUCCCUGCACCCUCUGUGUGGCAGUGAUGGUGCCAGUGGUGCCAUCAGUCCACCACGCUGGGCAUGUGUGUGGGGAUUGGUUCUGCCACUUUGCUGCCUCUUCCUAUCACCCUGCUGGGCUCCUUCUGGCUUGGUUGGACCCAGUUGGUGUCAGUGUCACCACUCUGGGUUGCCUUGUUCUGCUGGAGCAGAAAAACAGACCUACAUGCUGUCAUGAAUAAAAUCUCUCAAGAAAUCCACCCCGGUUAAAAUACUGCGUUUAGUUAUGUACAGUUAAUGCUCUUAUCCCAUUUGUAAACCUUGUACCCCUUGUUUAGUCGGAUAGUUCUUAGUAAUGUUAAUUACUUACCAGUUUCUGAAGUGUUUUGAAGUUUUUUAUGAGACAUUCCUGUACCCUUCCCCUUACUUGCUUGCUACUGUGUAACAAAGCUGCUCCCAUGGGAGCUAAAUCAAACCAACAAAAGCAACCCAUUAGCAAGGUAUGCCACAGAAUGAGGCAACUCCCAUGGAUGCUGUGCCACACUAGAAGGAAGAAACUCCCAGGAAGCUGUGCAACCGAGUAGUAUGCAAACUAAGGCAUGCAAGACACCAAAACAACAAGCUAACAGAAGAAUAAAAGGACAAAGAAACAUAUUCUAGCAAGUUAUGAUGAAAGAUCAUCUCCCUGUAUCACCUAAGCCUGAUUAGAAACCAUCUUCCUGCAUUACCAUGACCUACUGGAAAGGACUGACCCCCCUAGACAACGAGCCAGAAUAUCAGGUCUCCUGGCUACUGUCAUGAGGACAAAAGUCCCAGCUCUGAAGUGUGUGCUGCUGCAAAGCUGAAUUGUGUCUCUUCCUUGGAGCUGCCAGUGUGGGAAUGGCCGUGGUGCAAGCAACUCCUCGGGUCCCCCCCACCCCCCAAGAGCUGAAUCCUAAUAAAGGCAUCAAGCAGGAGUCCUGUCUCCUGGCCAAUUUCUUUCACAUGCUAGCAUGGCCCUGAUGCUUUCAGCUGUGUGUCAGAGCUGUCACUUCCAUGCCACCCAUCCUCAGCCCUGUGUUCUAAGAAAUACCGUGAAAGGACAAAAAUGUGUGGGGGGUGGAAAUGGUGGUGGGGCUGGGGUGUCAAGGCCUCUCUGCUAAAGCAAGCCAGACAGAACGAUUCCACUUGCAUUUCCAGUCAUGGCAUUUUCCUGCCAAAAUGUCACACCCAUGUUCAAAAUGGUUUGAACAAAUAGUGCUGAAAGAUCCAUGACCUUGUCUCUGUACACAGCAGAGACCUGUAAAUGUAAUGAAAUUAGUGCUUCUCCUUGUUUGCUGCUUCUAGAAAUAAGGAAGGUCCAGCUGGAACAAGACUUUUGUUUUUUCUCUCAGAAGCAUUAGUACCCAAAGAUCACAAAUGUGGUUCCUCACAUCCUGGUUCCUUCUGGGUGUUCAGCAUCUCAGUGUGGGUUAUAGGGGCUUGGUAUGUUUUUUGAGUUACUCUUAGACGCCUGGAGCAAUAGGUUAGGAACUAGGGGGGCUUUUUGCAUUGCUUUGUAGCACAGGAGAACUUUGCAGGCUUUUUUUGGCGUUAGCUGUAGAGGAGGUCUGGUUCUAUGCAUGACUUCACAAAGCAGCCUCAUGUGGCUGCUCUUGUGAUGUCAGCAGCCACAUGCCAGCGUUGUCAAGGCAAAGUUGCUGUGCCGAGGCGCGGAAGGCCUCAGUGUGCAGAGCGGCUCUUUGGCACGCUGGCUGCAGGCGGGACCUGCUGAUCGACGAGGUCUCUGCCAGCCGGCUGCACCCGGACAGGACUCGGAGCAGUUUUGCUUUUGCUCACAGGUGUUGUCCGGUGCAGAGUUGCUCAGCGCUGCUCAAGCCAUGGAGAGAGUGUGUGCUGCAGUUUGCACGGCUUUCUCUGUGGCUUAUUCUGGGUACUUUUUCACCCACCUGGCCCGUCACAUUGCCCAUGCCUGGAGAGAAUCCGGUCCAUGGAGCCCAAGACCAACCUCAGAGCCUCCAGUGGCUGUGUGUCUUCCUGAAGAAGAGGCCAAAGGGAAGGAAGAUGCCCUCCAAGCUGCACCUGCUGCCACUGCAGGGCCUGAGCCUCCAGCAUCAAGUGCAAGGGCAGCGUCAGCACCUGCUCUGGCUGCCUCUGUACCUGAGGAAGAGGCUGAAGAGGAGGAAGGUGCCAUUGAACCUGUCCCUGCUGUGAGCCCACAGCCUGAGCAGGCAACAUCAAGCUCCACCUCCUCAGUCGCUGCACCUGCACAAAAUUCAGCUGCGGGCUCUGAAGAAGCCUCCAGGCCUGAAGCUGGAAACUUCAGCACGAGCAGCUCGUGCACCUGGAGCACGAGUAGUUCCUCUGGCAGCACAGAUGGUCUGCGUGAGAGGAAAAAGGAUGAAUGCCUGGCCGUGCUGAGGAUGCUGGUGAGCGAGGGAGAUCCAGAGGCGAAAUACACAGAACUGGAAACUAUUGGCAAAGGGGGUUUUGGCACGGUGUUCACGGCAGUGGAGACUGCCACAGGAGAAGAGGUGGCCAUAAAGAAAAUUAGUCUGGUGGAAGACAGCAGCAGUGAACUGUGUGUGAAUGAAAUCCAGGUCAUGCGUGACAAUAAGAACUCCAACAUUGUGAACUACAUAGACAGCUACCUGGUUGACGAGGACCUCUGGCUCGUGAUGGAAUACAUGGACGGAGGUUCUCUGCACGAUGUCAUUCGAGAGACUCGUAUGGCAGAAGGAGAGAUAGCAACUGUCUCUCGGGAGUGCCUGCAAGGCCUGGAUUUCCUUCACUGCAAGCAAGUCAUCCACCGAGACAUCAAAAGCCACAACAUUCUCCUGGGCUUGGACGGAUCUGUCAAGUUGGCUGAUUUUGGCCUCGCUGCUCAGCUCACUGCUGAGCAGAGCAAACGGAGAUCAGCUGUUGGCACUACUUACUGGAUGGCGCCAGAAAUUUUCACCAGGAAGCCCUAUGGCCCCAAAGUGGACAUCUGGUCCCUCGGCAUCGUGGGGAUCGAGAUGGUGGAAGGAGCGCCUCCUUACCUGAUGAAAACCUCCCGCACGGUUCAACAGCUGAUAAGCUCCGGGGGCUCCCCAAAGCUGCAGAACCCCAGGCAGCAGUCGCCUUGGUUGCGGGACUUUCUGCACUGCUGCCUGGAGACAGACGAGGACAGGCGCUGGUCUGCCCAGGAGCUUCUGCAGCAUCCGUUUGUAACCUCAGCCAAGCCACCCUCCAGCCUGACGCCUCUGAUCAUGGCAGCGCAGCAGUUUAUGGCCGACAGGAGAUACUAGCCCUGGAGGAGGCCAUUGUUGUUUUUUGUAGUUUGUAGUUUGUUUUUUGUAGUUUGUAGUUUGUAGUUUGUAGUUUGUUUAGAUUGAUAGUCAAAAUAAAUAGUUAUCUCUGUU